AUGACGAGAUGGAGCAUUGUCCCUAAGCGGGCAGCGGGUGCUUGCGGGUCCAGUGGGCCAGACGCUUACUGGGCGGUGGGUUCGAAGAUAUCUGGGAAGGCGUGUAUAGCGUUAGUUGUUGGUUCGGCCAUUUUAUGUGGUAGGAGGACCUUGUGCAGUUGGACUGCGGUGAAGGAGUCGUUAGCUAUUCGUGAAAAUAUGACGUUUUCAGGCUCUGAAAUUGAAUCGGCAGUCGCUUCUGCUAACCCAAAGUUCCGCACAACAAAGCAGCAUGAUGCAAAAAUCCACUCCAAUUUGUACACCACUGUACAGCUGUGGGCCAGAAAACAUAGUUAA